AUGCGAGAUCGUAUUGAUAUCGGUCUACCUAUUUAUAAAUUAAAUAAUGGUGAAGAAAAUAUUGAUUGGAAUGAAUUAGUCAUUAGUAUAAAUGCUGAACUUGGCGAAACUGAAGACAUUGUUCAUAAAACCUUAGUACGAAUCAGGCAGCAGGUAAAACCAAUUCAUACAAAAGAACAAAUUUCCAAUAUUGAUACCCAACCACCAGCCGAAACUAGAGCACUGUCAGCACAAUCCAUUCAAUUUCAACCAAUAUCAUUGAACAAUACAGAGAUGUCAAAUGAUGCAACUCAAUCGAAAUCAGCAUUAAUUUCACCAAUCGAUUCUAAUCAUUUCAAACAAUCGCCAUAUAGCUAUGCCGAAGUACCAAAAGCCUCAUCUAAAGAAGAUAAAAAAACAUUUUCAAACCCAUUGAUGAUUGCUUUCGCCAUCGGUAUUAUCAUUGCAGUGAUAGCCUUGGUAGCGUUGUCCAUGAGUAUUUACUCGAUUGUUCAUAUGUCGCAAACAACAAUAGCUAGCUCAACGACAGCUACCACAUACCAACUGAGUUGGAGUGCAACUGGAACCACUGUUGCCGGUACCGGAAACGGAGGGUCAUCGGCAACUAAUCGGCUUUCGAAUCCCUGGACUAUUGUAUUAGAUUCAUCCAAUGCUCUUUACAUCGCUGAUCAAGGUAACAAUCGAAUUCAGAAAUGGAUUAUCGGCUACUCAACGGGAACAACGGUGGCUGGACAGACGAAUGGAGUAGCAGGUGCUACGUCUUAUUAUUUGAACCAGCCCAAUGGUGUUUAUGUUGACACGAAUUCCAAUAUCUAUGUGGCUGAUUCGGUGAAUGGACGAGUUCAAUUUUUUUCUAGUGGUGCAUUGUCGGGAACAACCGUCGCUGGAAUCGGUGGUAAUGGUUCUACAUCAAAUCAACUGAAUAAUCAUUGCGGCCUUGCACUUAAUGAGAACUCAAGCACACUUUACAUAGCGGACACUAACAAUCAUCGCAUAAUGAGUUAUGCAUCAGGUGCAAUAGCAGGCACAGUUGUCGCCGGUGGGAAUGGAGCAGGGACGCUGAACAAUCAGCUAUAUAACCCUAUGGCAGUUUACUUUGAUUCAGCAUCCAACAGCUUAGUGAUUGCUAACACGGGUGCCCACGCUAUUGUUCGCUGGGUCAUAGGUGCUGCUGGAUGGACACUUGUUGCUGGAUAUCCGGGUUUUUCUGGCAGUUCACCAACAAUGCUCAACAACCCCGCAUGCGUGAUCUUUGAUUCACUGGGCAAUAUGUAUGUAGCCGACACAUCCAAUCAUCGCAUACAGUUUUUUUCUGCUGGUCAACGAAAUGGGACAACCAUUGCAGGUGUAACAGGAGUGCCAGGUAACGCAGCUAACUUACUCAAUAAUCCACGUUCAAUAGCACUUGACAAUCAAUUCAAUCUUUAUGUCGCAGACACGAGUAAUAAUCGGAUACAAAUAUUUAGUUGA